GACACCUUUCCGGCGUCCUCCUUUUUCGGUCCUCACUGACCGGUUUCCGACCGGUUCCGACCGGUUCAUGAGCCCAUGGAGAGCGAGCCAAAGCGGAGGCACUCUGUUUCUUGGCAGACAGCGUCCAGGCAUUGCUGGCUUUGGGUAGCAAUGUGGGCCUGUUUAUCAGUGCGCAGCCGUCAGCAGCCUGCGCAAGUGGCUGACAUGCAUGUGGUGACCUUGCGAAAGCCCAAGGACCACGUUUGGGCAUGUGCCGCCAGGAGCUGCUGGACCUGGAAGGAGCUGGUGCUGGGCGACGGCCACGAUUUCUUCAUCCCACGGCCGCGCGCCACGCGGCGCUUGGCCUCGUGGUUGCUGAGCACCGCGACGCCUGCGGUGCCGCUGAACGAGGUAGCGAUCUUGGGAAACUGCAAGCGUUUCGACUUGUACUUCGCCUUGGCCCAGCCGAUUGAUGGCCAUCAGCUCUCAACCCAUGUGGCGGAGGCCCUGGGCCGCCAGCUGGCGGCCGAGCGCGCAGAGCGCGGCGGUGUGACCCUUUGGUUGUGGCGAGCGCUGCAGGGUUUCGAUGCGGCGGAGAGGGUGGCGUGGGAGGCUCCAGAGGCACAGAUGGAAGAGGUCGUGCAGCUCUCACGGUCCUUGGAGCUCCGUAGCGGUGGGUGCCGCGUGGCACGCUAUGCGUGCCAGGUGGCGGUGGCGCUUGAGGGGAGGCUGAGGUCUGCCUUUAACCCUUGCUCGGCUCGAGAAGCUCAUAUCAUGCUGCAGCUGAAGCGCAGCUUAGAUGCCGUGACAGCUGACGCCGACGUGCUGGGCGAAGCCUCGCCAUGCGGGCGGCGGCUACAGUUGGUGUGGCGGAUCGCGCUGGAGGCCGGCAAAGCCGUCCGUGCUGCCUUGGACCGCGGCGUCGCGCGGGGGGGCGAAGCAGCAGCGGUAGCAGAGCGGCUCGUUGAAGAGAAGGUGACAAAGUGCAUGGCGAAGCUCGAAGGCUUCAGGCACGGUGCCCGUGUGGCUCACCUCCGUGCCUCGGCUUCACGGCUCCUGGAGAGCGCCAUGGACAACUGCGCGCCAGAGCAGCGGCGCCACGCGCGGAGGAGCCUCCAGCGUCUGCUGCAUGAGCCCAGCUUGGCCCUAAAACGGGGCCUCGAAGCAAAUGAGACGCAGAUCUUGGAGCAGGUGGAGCAGGAGCUUCUUCGAAUCAGGUCGGCUGACGGACAGGGCGUUUAUAGUCCUUUAAGGAUUUCUUCAAUCCAAAGCAACACUUACAACUAGGAUUACAGUAUUGCCAUUUGCAACGGGUUCAAAUCUUGGGACUGAGUCGUUUUCCUGUAGGAUUUAAGCAUCAAAACUAAAACGCGGUUGAUGAAUUGAUUGAUGGACGGAAGGGCGGACUGCUAGCUCGCUUUCGCUCGCUUGAUUGAUUGAAACAGUCUCAGGUGCGCUAAAAGAAUUCAGUCCCUCAAGCACCAGACCAAAUGGUUGAUGACUCUUGGUUGUACCACACACCUGUCAGUUUGUGGCUGACUGAAGCACCUACGAACGAGGCCCCCAAAGACCUGGAACCCAUCUGUGCAUGUCCUGAUGUAAAGUCCAACCCCUGCCAACUAGUGACUAGUGGAUAGAUGUCAUCGCGAUAGAGGUGACCCAAAGACUACCAUCUCUCAGUGCAUACCCGCCAGGACACUGGCGAUGGUGGGCGGAGGAAAAGUGGUGAGGGCAGGGUGGCAGGAAGGAGGCUGGAAAGACGGCUGCCGA